UUUAAUUGAAAGUUGACGUGUAUCAUUGAUCUCCUUGCGCACGGCAGUCCAUCUACCCACACAUACACAUACCUAUCUACUUUCGCAUAUCAUAAUAGUCUGCGCAGAUGAUAUUUUAGGCGCACGCGAUACAACAAUAGGGCGCAUUGAUGAAUAGGAGGUCAGCAGCUGUGAGAGUAGCAGCACAGCAGCACUGCUGACUGAAAAUGGCUGACUGCGAGAAGGAGGAGGCUCACAAUCUCCAAAUGGAAUUCGAAUGGGUCCUCCAUGAAGAGGUACACAAUUCGCUGUCGCAGCUACGCAAUAUUCUAAUGGAAUGUGCGCAGCGAUUCCCAUUAACACUCUUUGGAAAUGAUCAGCAGAACAAGACUGACAGAUUUGUAUUCGCUGCUCCCCAUGACCAGGUUAAGUGUAUUGCAGUUCUCACAGGCGACAGUAUUACAAAUGCUGAAGUGACCUUCAAAGUUCAACGUCAGCAAAACGUGAACAUGAGAACCAUGAUACAAAAUGAUCAUCCUUGGAAAUUGCAACAAAUUCAGGAUGCUGCCAAUCACUUACAGCAAGCAAUCGCACACAUCGACAAUGUUGACAGACAUUACUCUUUCAAAACUUCUGACGAAGUCAUGCAUGUCUUGGGUAAUAUUUUAGGUUGCCUUCAACGCAGUAGAACUAGUUUAAUUGUUCCCAGGAAAAAAAAUUUAGAUGAUCUUAUCAAAAGUCGCAAUAUGAAAUCCCUCAACCCAAAUUUGCCUGAAAAUUAUGCUAUUAGUUUUUAUAUUCAAAGCUACAAACUGGUACUUGCAGUUUACCAGUUAGAAAAUGCCCAUGGUAAUGUAAAAUAUGAAACUCAGCAGGCUGAGUGCAGUGUUCCUUGGCUAAAUGAAGCUUUGGUACUCGUAACAAUUUCACUUCAGCUUUGUCAAAGAUUAAAAGAUAAGAUCUGCGUAUUCUCUCAGUAUAAAGACUUCACCGUAGGAUCGCGUGCUCCGUCAGUGAUGGGGUUACAAGAGUAGAGACGUCCAAUAAAUUAAAUGAUUUGACGCCAUAACGGCCAUAAUAACUAGUCGGUAAUUCGC